ACCCGUUCUCAUGCGCGAUCGAAGCCGAUUGGUGGCUCAUGCGAACCUGCCUUGCGUAUCUAGCCAUGUGACUCAAUCCUACUGCAAGGUUUCUUCUCAAGACUCUCUCCUCGUAUGACCAGCGUCUCGUGCACACGUUAUAGUAAUAUAAGUUUAUACGACGCAAUAAACUGUGUUCACCAAUUAUCUAACCUUGUUCCACUCUGCUAAUGCUGUAAACCCACUACCUACCAGUACGGCAGCGAUCAAGCAUACACAAUAAAAAGUCAUUAAAAUGCAGAACAGGUGUUCAACAGACGGACGAUCAAUACCGGAAGAUCAUGCAGAUUUGCAAAAAACGAUCUACAACUGAUGAUGAUGAUGAUGAUGAUGAUGAUGAUGGUGAUGAUGAUGAUGAUAAUUAUAGCAACUCUUCAACAAAUAAAGACGAUAAUGAUGAUUCUUCAAACGUAGAUUUGUUUGGUACAAGGUUCUUCAUAAGUGGCGGUAGCAAGUACUCCAUCACGCAGUGGAAAAAUGCUAAUGAGAAUCGGAAUCGUGGAAAUGAUCAGAGAAAUGGUAACAAUCGACGCUAUUCUGUCAGUUAUACAAAUAAAAAUUGGGGAAACGCUCAAUAUCCUUCUCAUGGCAGUAACAAUUUUAAUUAUUUUGACGGAACUGGCAGACCGAGCUACGAUCAGAUAUAUAAUGGUAACUCUGGGAACUAUGAUAAGCAACAAGAACAAACCUGCAUCACGCAGUGCUUCUUCAACGAAUUAAAUAUGGUGGAUCAAAGGGGAUUUCCUGAGCAAGUUUCGAUCAUUCAGUUUUUGACGCGUAACAUACACAAUCCAGAAUUACAAGACUUCAUAGAGGAAGCUGUUAUAGAAUGUUUUCAUUAUUUGGAUUCAGAUAUAAGGAACAAAUGUUAUUUCUCAGAAAAUCUCAUAACCUGUUUGAUUGAGAAAGGAAAAGAGAGAUGCGAAGAUUGGAAUAAUUAAUAACGUUAUAAACAUCUUACCUAUAUAAUAAUUUUUGUGAAAAGAAGAAACAAGAAGAAAUAAAAACAGGAAGAAUUAAUCAUUCUCAUAAAAGUGUGACUUGAAUAGAUAUAUUAUUAUAUAUGUAUACACUUAUUAUAAAACAUUGUAGUGCACAUGUAAUAAUCAUAAAAAUAUUUAAAUUAAA